AUGAAUAAUAAAAGAUCGACAAUUGAGGAUGCUAUGAGAGCUGAAAAAAUAAACUUGAAUCCUUAUUAAGCGUAAUAAUAAGGCAACAAUCAAAAUUAUUAUGGUUACAAUUAAAAUAUGAAUUACAGAUUCCAAAGCAAUCUUCCAGUUCAAUAUAAUUAAUAUUAUCAAUAUGGUUAUUAAGGAUUUGUAAAUUAAUGUAAAUUAUGAUAUAUUAUUAUUAUAUAGAGCCAAUAAUGCAAAAUAACAUGUAUCUACAAUAAUAAUAAUAAUACAUGAAUUAAUAAAAUAGAUUUCCUCCUUAAUAAUAGUUGUGUAAUACCUAAUAAUAAAUACGAUAAUAAUAAUUUUAACAACAAUAACUUGAGUAAUAAUAGAUUUAAUCAAAAUAAGAAUAAUAAUAAAAAAUAUAAAUAGAAAUAAAUAAUGAUCAUUAAUUUUUACCUCCAGUAAAUAUUUCAGAAUUGGAUUAACCAACAAGAUGGGAAAGUGAAUUAAAAGUUUAUUCAUAUAUGUAUAGAAAAUUAAAUAUUGAGAUGCCUAAUUUAGUUAGUAUAAUAAUUUUAAAAUAAAAUAGGCGCUAGAUUUUGCAAUUCUAGAGAAGUGUUUAAUGAAUAAUCAUCUAUAAAUGUAAAAUAGUAUGUUGAGAGAGCAUUCAAUAAAUGUUAAUCAGAUGAUGAAAGAAAUAUAAUGGAACAAUAUUUAAAAGCUACAAUAGGUGAGGCUAAAAGAAAAAAUGAAUAUAAUAUAAGAGAUUGGUCUAAAUUUCCUUUGCCAACACUUCCAAGAGAGAAUUAAAUACGUACAUAGUCGUUAUAUUAAACAAAUUAACAAAUUAAAUAAGGCAAAGCUAUGGUGUUGUCAUCAUUAGGUUAAACUAGUAAAUUUGGGGCACCUAGUUAAGCUCAACCUUCUGGACCAGCUUAAAGUAAUGGUUCUUAAUAAUAGAAAUUAAAGCAUCUACUAAUUUGAAAAA